UCUAAUAAUAAUCUCUCUCUCUCUCUCUCUCUUUCUCUCUCUAAUAAUAUCCUUCUCUCUCUAGAGAACAAUGGGUGAGUGCUGCGCUCAUGGCGAAGGACCUGGCUAUGCUUCUCCUCUUGAGGCCAUGAAGGGGCCGAGGGAGGCUUUGAUCUAUGUCACCUGUGUUUACAAUGGAACUGGGAGAGAAAAGCCUGAUUACUUGGCGACAGUUGAUACUGAUCCAAGCUCACCAUACUAUUCCAAAGUUAUUCACCGGUUGCCUGUGCCUCAUAUAGGCGACGAAUUGCAUCAUUCUGGUUGGAAUUCCUGCAGUUCUUGCCAUGGAGACCCAUCAGCGGCUAGGCGUUACCUAAUCCUGCCUUCAUUGUUAUCAGGCCGUAUAUAUGUCGUUGAUACUGCAUCAAAUCCUAGAGCUCCAGUUUUACAUAAGGUUGUUGAGCCUGCAGAUAUUUUGGAGAAGACAGGAUUGGCAUUUCCUCACACUUCUCAUUGUCUUGCCUCUGGUGACCUUCUGGUGUCUUGCCUCGGAGAUAAAGAUGGGAAUGCAAAGGGAAAUGGAUUCCUUCUUCUUGAUUCAGAUUUCAAAGUGAAAGGAAGGUGGGAAAAACCAGGACACAGCCCACCUUUUGGAUAUGACUUCUGGUACCAACCCCGACAUAAGACUAUGAUUAGCUCAUCAUGGGGAGCUCCUGCUGCCUUCACAAAAGGGUUUAACCCUGAGCAUGUUAAAGAUGGGCUAUAUGGAAAGCACUUAAGUGUGUACAGCUGGCCUGAUGGUGAACUAAAGCAGACAUUGGACCUAGGAGAGACUGGGCUUUUACCUUUAGAAAUUAGGUUUCUCCAUGACCCUUCAAAAGCUAUAGGCUUUGUCGGUUGUGCCCUGUCCACUAACAUGGUGAGAUUUUUCAAGACUGAUGAUGGAUCUUGGAGCCAUGAGGUUGCAAUAUCUGUGCCACCAUUGAAGGUGAAAAACUGGAUACUUCCUGAAAUGCCGGGGUUGAUAACUGAUUUCCUCAUUUCUCUCGAUGACCGGUUCUUGUACUUUGUUAAUUGGCUUCAUGGAGAUAUCAGACAGUACAAUAUUGAGGAGCCGAGCAAGCCCUUGUUAACUGGGCAAGUUUGGGUGGGAGGACUUCUUCAGAAGGGAAGCAGUGUUGUUUAUGUGGAUGAAGAUGGGAAGGAGUCACAGAUUAACGUGUCAGAAAUCAAGGGUAACAAGCUAAGAGGAGGACCACAGAUGAUCCAGCUGAGCUUAGACGGCAAGAGACUCUACGUAACCAAUUCCCUCUUCAGUGCAUGGGAUAAGCAAUUCUAUCCAGAUGUAGUUGAGAAAGGCUCUCAUAUGUUGCAGAUAGACAUUGACACAGAGAAUGGAGGUUUAUCGAUAAACCCAAACUUCUUUGUGGAUUUCGCAUCUGAACCUGAGGGCCCAUCUUUGGCCCAUGAGAUGCGGUAUCCUGGCGGUGACUGUACUUCUGAUAUAUGGGUAUGAUUGGGAUAAGGGGAUAAGAGUUGCUCUAUCUAUUAGUCUAGAGGAAUGAGAAUGGUGAGGUUAAUUGUGUCACAUUGGAGUUAGAAAAGAGACUCCCAUGAAUAAGAGCCUAUGAGCUCAAGUUUGUGUUCUAUUGGUGUCUUAUGUAUUUUUCGAAUAUUAUGUGUGGAAAAACCUCUUCUAUUGACUCCUGAUACAGCAGCUACAUACGAAGUUACAAGGUUUGUUUUAGUUCAA